CUGCUUGGGCUUCCUGAAUAUUCUUCUUACAGAUAUAAAAAAAAAUCCUUUAUAUAUUAUCUUGAUAUAAAAAUCAAAGCAAUUUGACAAAAGCUAUAGGCCUAACAAUAAUAUUAAUCAUCAGUUUUUCCUUGUUAUGAGGGUGAAUGCUUAGAAAACCACGACAAUAGACGAUAGUGAAAGUAAAAAAUGUAUACAACUUUAUGGCACAACUAAUCACCAAUGAAACUGCUUAUUUGUUUAUCUUUAAUAUUAUUAAGGCACCAGAUACGAGAUAUUCCUGUUCACUGACAUCAGUGAUCUCCCCUCCCCAUAGAUCAAUCCCCAUAGAAGAAUAGCCUAGUUGUCGGUCUUGGGAGCUACCCUGCUAAAAAUAGACUUCCAAGAAAACGGAAUUUCCACACUGGGCUUAGCUAGGCCAAUGAUAUUAUAGAUCUCUUAUAUUAGUGUUUAGGCUACUCUUUUUUGGUUUCAGUUUCCAUUCUUCAAGACCAGCAAAAUGAAAAAAGGACUACAGCGACUAAUGAGGAAGUAGAUUUCUUCCUGCUGCAUUUGGAAAAAAUUGAAUCUGACUUUGACUUGUCUUAUUUUUAUCUCGCACCUGGUGGCCUGGUUACCUGGUAAUUUCAGAAGACAGUACAGAAGUUCUCUUUUUAGUCAAACGGCCCUUGAUCACGGGUGUUUUCUAAGAAAAGUUUCAUGUGCAGACUCGGCUGACUCGAGGUGGUCUAAAUUCUAAGUUGUGUCGCCAUUAUUGUCCUCCUGAGAAAGGUUGGGCCAGGCUGAUGUUUCUGAAACUCCUUAAAUUUAGUCUUGUUUCAUCCUAAUUUUGGAUAUCCUAUCAAUGUAACUUCUAAUUUGGAAUGAUAACUCUUUAAACUGGACAGACAAGCUACUAACUAUCAAUCAUCAUCAAUGAUGGAGAAGAAGGACACGAACGUGCAUUCGACGGAAGGCUCGCCUGAAAUGCCACAAGAUGUAAAACAUUCACCCAGUGGGCACCAAGGCGGAAGUUUGCCAGCUUCAGAAGAGUAUGAUCCAGACUUCAUCUCCUUCAUGGUGAAACUCAAAUUGAAAACUGUCUGUCCUUUGCAAAUGCAAAUGGAUGCAGAUAGAAUUGUUUUCUUGAAGGGUAAAGCUCAGAGGCAGACUGAUAUGCAUAAUGCUUUGCGGGAUGCUGAGAAGAAGGUACUUGACUGCAGGGAUUUUCUGAGCAGUCUUACGCGGGAUAAAGUUGGGACAGAUACGCUGAGGAUGGAAGAGGAUAACGUUUCAACUAAGUUUGUGGUUACCAUGGACGAGAAAACCUAUGACCUUCACGAGUACAUACGGGAAAAAUAUUCUGCACCUGCAAAAACAAAUGUGAAAGGGAAAGAUUUGAGGGUUCAACUGGAACAGGAAUCUACUGAAGGACUGGAUGAGACAGCAGAUAGCCCUGAUUAUUGGAAGCAAGAGGACAUUGAAAGGAGAAAAUAUGAUCAGCCUUCAGAAGCGGCACAUUCCUUUUUGGAAAAUGCAAGAACUUCUGAAACUGAAUACUAUGAGUUUGUUUAUAUUCCUCCAGAAAAACUUGUUUAUGUCGAAAAGUUUAUACCCAAGCUUCUGAGAAAUAAUGACGCUGAGUGCAAGAUUUCUGAUGAAGGAAUUGAACUUAAAAGCAGAUCAAGAAAGAGUGUAAAGAUUGGAUACGACCUUGUUCAAGAGAGAAUGAAAGAAGUUGAAGAAGAAUGUAUCCCAUUUUACAAGCCUGAAAAAUUGUCAACAGACAAAGGUAGCAAAAUUUGGGAUGAAAUAUCAAACCUAUACAAUUGCAUCAUAGUUCCGGUGGCUACAGCACAACCUGUGCGGCAAACAAAGAAGCAGUAUGUACCAGUCAUUCACCACUUUCAGUUGCAGCGUUCUGCUCUCCACUUGUUCAUACUGGAGGGACACAUUGACAACAUCUGUCUGCAAAGGACAAUUCAUGUCAUUCCUGGCAAAACAGAUGCCAUCGUGAGGAGGUCGGAGGAGGAGAAGAAAAUUGAGAUCAGCAUGACCCGUGAUGUGGCAGUGAGUGAGAUGCACCACAUCAUGAAGGAUGCACUUUCUUGGGCAUCACUGAACUCUAGUGAAAUUGGCCUUGUCGUUGAUGAUGCUCCUUGUCCAUUGCAUCUAAUUGCUGAAGUUUUUGUCUCCUGCUGCAAGGCAAUCAAGAAAUCUGUCAACGUAUACUUGGUAGGGCCCAAAAGGGAGGCUGUCGUCCGUGCUUUUAAAUUCACCUGCAAUGAGCAAGAUUGGAAAGAAGUCGUGAACAGUGCAAAGAAAGAGGAGUUGGAGUUGGAGUGCAAAGAUAGACAAGUUCCAGACUACACCCGCUUGGGUCAAAGACUUAAUGUCUCUGUGCAUGUGGACAAGGAGAACAAGAUUAAUCCACAUGCCUCCUCCUUGUUAUGUGUCCCAGUCAUUUUUGAUGAGUACUUGAAGCCAUACAUUCAAGCACACUGCCCGCGACACAGGAGAAAGCUGGAGAGUAAAGUUGAAGCUAAAGUCAAUGAAAACUCAGACCUGCUGGGUCUUGACUUUACUUUUGUAACUUGGGAAGAGGACAACUAUUUAUUGUACUAUACCCCUGAGUGGGGAUUAGGAGCUGGUCAGGCUAUCGCCAGAGCCAUGUACCAGUGUGUAAAGAAGGCAAAGAAAGACAGCACUGUCAUCAUCGUCCCACCUGGAAUUACCCUUCUAGACACUUUCAUGUACCCACCUAAGUUCCUGGCCCAGCAAGUUUUUCAAAGCCUGGAUGACAUGUUGCAGGAGCAGGAGAUCAGAGACGUGGACAUUCAUUUGCGUGUUCAGCACUCCCCAUACUCCGAGGCUUUCAAGGCUGAAAUGAACAAGCGCAAGAAGACUUCAUCUUUCCUUUCUUGGGCUAAGUGUAAGGAAAUGUUUCAGAGCAUUUUCUUUGAAAGAAAGGGGAGAGAGCCAGAAAAAACAAAGGACACCGAGUUGGAAAUGGUCAUCCAGCUUGUUGGUGUGAAAAAGGAUCUACCUCGUGCUAUUCAAAAGCUGAAAGAAUUGCUGAAGAUGCCAGAUCCUGGUCGUCAUGGCAUCGGGUUGGGUGAUACCAAGACUUCAAGUAUGACUACAGGGAACACAGGGGGGACCUCUAAAAUUUUUCCUUCUGUCACUGGUGGUGGAGGCAGAGGAGGCACUUCAGGCCGAGGAGCAUCCAAUUUGACUGUUCGAGGAAGGGCCACUGGUCAUACACCUCAAGCUACUGGUGGUAACGUAAAGCGGAAGCAUUUAAAGAAAUGAAAUUCAAAGUCAAGCUCUUGAGGGAGCAAAACGUUCAUCUUUUAACCCUUCUAAUAAAUCAGCUAGGUUUAUCAUAAUAGAGCUUACUGUUGUGUGCAGUGUUUGAAUUGAACUCUUUUUGAUGCUGUUUAACCUUUGUGAGAUGAUAUCUUUGUAAAAGGUGGUUACCAACCCCAUCUCGAGGCAGGGAUACUUUUUUUUUGGCCUGUUCCCAUCACUAUACCCUCAUUGUUUUGCUUUUGUGUGAAUUAACUUCCUUGGAAACAGAAUACAUAAUGUUGAUGGUGGGGCACAAGGCCCUCAGGAUAUGAGAAAAGAAAAAAAAAAUCAGUUGUGAACCCAUGGAUAAAACACCAUUUUAUAAGUAUCUCUCAUUUACAUCUGAAAUUACAUAUUUCUUUUUACAUUUUACCACCUUGGUCUGCUCUACACCCCAUAACUUUUAUCUUGUGGAAACGGAGUGUAUGCGGAAGGUAUGGCUUCAGACUUGCAUAUAUACGUAAAUGGGUAUUUUCAGUUGGACAUGACCACAGACAUUUUUGUGUUUGGGUGUUUAGACUAGACAGAGAUGGGAUUAGUUAUCACCAAUUACCUGUAUGUAAUUUUGCAAAGUGAUUCUGUACUUUUCUAUGCAGCUUUUGUAUUUGUCAAAUUAUCCCAGUUGGUCUGGGUUUAGUCUUUUAAAAAAAAAGAUUUCCCUCGAUCCCAUA